GUAUGUGUGUCUAAGUGGGAUGGAUAGCUACAGUUCAUCCAAAUUAUGUCCUAUGUAAAAGAGCUAAAGGAUUUUGCAUCGUUUAGUAGUUCUUUGCUAAAAAUCAGAGAGUAUGGACAUGGUUUCUUUGCUAAAAUCUUUUGCUAAACAUCAGCUUAGAUAAGGCUGGACUGGAGUUCUUCCCAUGUACUUGACUUUGAAGUCAUUCUUUUUAUCUUUAUAUCACAGCCAGAGUUGGGUAUCCAAAAGAUUUUAAUUGUAGAUUGGGAUGUACAUCAAUGGCACGCAAAAAGCAUUUUAUAGUGACCCUCUGGUUUUGUUCUUCUCCAUACACAGGUUUGAUUUUGGAAGUUUCUAUCCAGCUGGUGGAGGCGAUGGUUCUACUUGUAUGAUUGGGGAAGAUCUAGGAAUGGGAUAUAAUAUAAAUGUUCCUUGGGAACAUGGAAAAUGUGGUGAUGCUGAUUACAUUGCUGUCUGGGAUCAUACACUAAUUCCUGUGGCUGAAGCUUAUAAUCCGGACAUGAUUCUAACUGUUCAUUCAUUAUGUAUAUCUAUUUUGAUUGAACUAAAUAAUUUAGGAGAAAUAGUCUAGUGGUAGGUGCUUGGGAGAAUG